CCCUCCUCUUCCAGUGGAAACAGCACCGAGAAGAAGGUAGAUUAUUUAUUUCCUUGGCAUUGUGCCAUGGAUCUCUUGUGGACGAUCUCCACUAUCCUUCUUCUCUGUUCUUUGCUGUCCAUUCUGUGGAAGGGGUUCGACCGUCGGAGGAACCGGAGCUGCUACCUCCUCGACUUCGUCUGCUACAAGCCUUCCGACGAUCGCAAGCUCUCCAGCGAGCUCUGCAGCGACAUCAUCGUGAGGAACAAGAGACUGAGCGUGCCUGACUACAAGUUCCUCCUCAAGGUCGUCGUCAACUCCGGCAUCAGCGAGGACACGUACGGCCCCCGGAGCAUCAUCGAGGGCAGGGAGGAGUGUCCCACCCACGACGACUGCGUCGACGAGGUCGACGACUGCAUGUAUCGCACGCUAGACGAGCUCUUCCUCCGGACCAGUAUCUCUCCCAUUGACGUCGACGUGCUGGUGGUCAACGUGUCCAUGUUCGCCCCCUCCCCUUCCCUGACGUCGAGGAUCGUCAACAGGUACAGAAUGAGGGAGGACGUCAAGAACUUCAGCCUGGCCGGGAUGGGGUGCAGCGCCAGCCCCAUCGCCAUCGACCUUGUCAACAACAUCUUCAAGACCCGGAAGAGGACGCUCGCUGUCGUCGUCACGUCCGAGUCCAUUGCCCCCAACUGGUACUACGGCACGGACAAGUCCAUGAUGCUGGGCAACUGCCUCUUCCGCUCCGGAGGCUGCUCCUUCAUGCUCACGAACGAUCCGUCGUUGAAGCACCGAGCUAAGAUGAGCCUGAAAUGCCUGGUCCGGGCGCACAUCGGUGCCAACGACGACGCCUACAGCUGCGCCAUCCAGAAGGAGGACGACGAGGGCCGCGUCGGUUUUCACCUGAGCAAGAGCCUCCCCAAGGCGGCGGUGCGGGCCUUCGCCGAGAACCUCCAGAGGCUGGCGCCCAAGGUGCUACCGGUGGGAGAGCUUGCGCUGUACGUCCUCCGGGGGUUCCGGCACUGGCUCUGGAGGUCGAAGGAGGCGAAGACAGACGCAGCGACGGCCGCGAUGGUGAACUUCAAGUCGGGCGUGGACCACUUCUGUCUCCACACCGGCGGCGCGGCGGUGAUCGAUGCCGUGGGAAGGGCCUUGGGGCUGACCAAGUACGACGUGGAGCCGGCAAGGAUGACGCUGCACCGGUGGGGGAACACGUCGGCCAGCAGCUUGUGGUAUGUGCUGGGGUACAUGGAGGCCAAGAAGAGGCUGAGGAGGAAGGACAGGGUGUUGAUGCUGAGCUUCGGGGCGGGGUUCAAGUGCAACAGCUGCCUGUGGGAGGUGCUGCGUGAUCUGAACGAUGGCGGAGCGUGGGAGGACUGCAUCCGAGCCUACCCUCCACAGACCCUAGUCAACCCUUUCAUGGAGAAGUUUGGGUGGGUCAAGGAGGCGUAAGCAGCGCCGUUCGCAUCCUCUUGCUCCCUCCCUCCAUUCUUUCCAAACUGUAUGUUGAGUGGCACCUUUCGCUUCUGGUUGUUCUUUUCUCAUUGUGAUCUCGAUCGUCGCAUACAUUAUUGUUUCAUUAACUCACUCGGCUAUAGUCGGAUAGCGUCGACAUGGCUGGGAUUGCAAGGACGUUAAGUUGAUAUGGGCCAUCAUCAUAGCUCGAGUCACAAUAGUUGCUGCUGGGGCUGAUGAGUACAAUCUAAUAAAUGGA